UCCAACAGGGGCGUGCGUGCCAGGGCUUAACACGCUUCGAGGUCGCCGUAGGUCCGGCUAGGGUGGCUGUGACUUGAGAGCCAGCCCCAGGGACAUGGAGGGUUCUCCGGAGGGGGAGGCGCCUGCGGCGGCCCUGGCCGCAGGGCUAAAACACAGCUCGGCGCUGCCACCCGAGAGCGCCCAGGUCCUGGGUUACGACUUCAACCGCGGUGUGGAUUACCGCGCACUGCUGGAAGCUUUCGGCACCACCGGCUUCCAAGCAACCAAUUUUGGGCUUGGGGUGCAGCAAGUCAACGCCAUGAUCGAGAAGAAGCUGGAGCCGCUGUCGCAGGAUGAAGACCAACAUGCAGACCUGACCCACAGCCGCCGCCCACUCACUGGCUGCACCAUUUUUCUGGGAUAUACAUCCAACCUCAUCAGUUCAGGCAUCCGUGAGACCAUUCGCUACCUUGUGCAGCACAACAUGGUGGGGACCUGUGGGGCUAUGGCUUUGGCCUCUUUGGGUCUAUAGGCAAUACAGUUAUUGAUC